AGCGCACUAAGCUACUUCAUUUCGUAUGCUACUGGAAGACAUGGGGGCUGUGUUUCACAGCUAUUACUGACAGCGGCACAGCCGAAAGCCCACUUAAAAUAAGAAAUACAACGGAGAGCCCUCUUCAUAUCAAGCUGCCAAGUCAGCCGUGAACAUGGAGUCUAUGCUGAAUAAGCUGAAAAGCACUGUCACCAAGGUGACGGCGGAUGUCACCAGUGCUGUCAUGGGCAACCCGGUGACACGGGAGUUUGAGGUUGGACGACAUAUUGCCAGCGGGGGUCCUGGCUUGUGCUGGAGGAUCUACAAUGGCACUAAGAAGUCUACAAAACAGGAAGUGGCAGUGUUUGUGUUUGACAAGAAGAUGAUCGAUAAGUAUCAGAAAUUUGAGAAGGACCAAAUUGUUGAUUCCCUGAAAAGAGGGGUGCAACAGCUAACCAGACUGCGUCACCCUCGUCUCCUGACUGUGCAGCACCCUCUGGAAGAGUCACGAGACUGCUUGGCGUUCUGCACAGAGCCGGUGUUUGCCAGUCUGUCCAAUGUGCUGGGCCAGUGGGACAACCUGCCCAGCCCCAUGCCCAGCGACAUCAAGGAGUACAAACUUUAUGAUGUGGAGACCAAGUACGGCCUGCUACAGAUAUCGGAGGGUUUGUCGUUUCUCCACAGCGGGGUGAAAAUGGUCCACGGCAACUUGUGUCCAGAAAACAUCAUUCUCAAUAAAAGCGGAGCCUGGAAGAUCAUGGGCUUUGACUUCAGCAUCUCCUCCAACAACCCGUCAGAUGCUGAGCCUAAAUACACAUGUAAAGAGUGGGAGCCCAACCUCCCCCCACUCUGCCUCCCCAACCCUGAGUACCUGGCCCCUGAGUACAUCCUGUCUGUCAGCUGUGACUCCGCCUCUGACAUGUACUCUCUGGGCGUGGUCAUGCACGCCGUUUUCAACGAGGGCAAGCCUGUUUUCCAAGUCAACAAGCACGACAUAUUUAAGAGCUUCAGCAGGCAGCUGGAUCAGCUGAGCAGCAUAAGUCCUGCCGUGCUGAACAAGAUCCCAGAGGAGGUUCGGGAGCAUGUCAAAAUGCUACUCAGCGUCACACCCAACGUCCGGCCGGACGCAGACCAGAUGACCAAGAUUCCAUUUUUUGAUGACGUGGGUGCUGUGACCCUGCAGUACUUUGACUCCCUCUUCCAGAGGGACAAUCUGCAGAAGUCCCAGUUCUACAAAGGCCUCCCCAAAGUGCUGCCCAAACUGCCAAAGAGAGUUGUGGUGUAUCGGAUCUUGCCGGCGCUGACGUCUGAGUUCGUAAACCCGGACAUGGUUCCUUUCGUGCUGCCCAACGUGCUGCUGAUCGCCGAGGAGUGCACCAAGGAGGAGUACGUUCGACUCAUCUUGCCUGACCUCUCGCCUGUUUUCAAGCAGCAGGAACCCGUUCAGGCUAGUAAUAUGAUCCUGCUGAUAUUCCUGCAGAAGAUGGACCUACUGUUGACUAAAACACCAGCGGAGGACAUCAAAAACAGCGUGCUGCCGAUGGUCUACAGAGCUGUGGAGGCUCCUUCUGUACAGAUUCAGGAGCUGUGCCUGAACAUCAUCCCGACGUUUGCCAACCUGAUUGACUACCCGUCCAUGAAGAACUCCCUCAUCCCCCGAAUCAAAUCAGCCUGCCUGCAGACCUCUUCACUCGCUGUUCGAGUGAACUCUCUGGUGUGUCUAGGAAAAAUUUUGGAAUAUCUCGACAAGUGGUAUGUCAUUGAUGAGAUCCUGCCCUUCCUACAACAGAUCCCUUCCAGAGAACCAGCAGUGCUCAUGGGAAUUUUAGGAAUUUAUAAGUGCACCUUCAGUCACAAGAAGUUGGGCAUUCCCAAAGAGCACCUUGCCACCAAGAGCCUGCCCCACCUCGUCUCUCUUAGUAUAGACAACAACCUCAACCUUAACCAGUUUAACUCGUUCAUGGUGGUUAUACGGGACAUGCUGAGUCGCAUGGAGAAUGAACACAAGACCAAGCUGGAGCAGCUGCACAUCAUGCAGGAGCAGCAGAGGAGUAUAAACAUCUCAAACCCUGGACACCAAGCAGAGGAAACCAAGAGCCCACCGAGCAGUGGCAACCAGAUUGAUGAUAUCUUUGGCAGCUCAGGGGUUAAUGGAAAAGAGAAUGGAUCUGCAGCAGCAGCCCCACAACCUAACAGAAUGUCUCUGACUCUAGAGGAGAAACAGCGAUUGGCUAAGGAGCAGGAGCAGGCAGCCAAACUGAGGAACCAGCAGCCUUUAGCACCACAGAGCGUCAAACCGGCCAACACCACCAACACAAAGACUAAGGAUCUGACGAGCAGCCUGCUCAACAACAUGACAUCUCUAAACAGCCUGUCGUUGGCCAACACAGCACGACCGGCUCCAGUGCAGGGCACCACCAUGUCUGCCUUCCCCUCAUCUGGCCCCAUGGUGGGCUCCAUGGGCGCUCCGGUCUCCAACGGCUUCAACCCGACCAUGGGCUUUCAGACAGGAGGCAUGGGCAUGGGGAUGGGCAUGCGGCCCGCAGGCCCCGGCCUCUACGGCGGCAUGGCCACCACCACCAGCACCCCAAACUUUGGAGCCCUCACACAGAAUCAAGGACCCAUCGGGCAGACGAAUAAAGCCCCCGACAUGUCAGCCUUGGACAGUCUUUUCUCACCCAGCCAGCCCAAAGUCACCCUCAACCAAAUGGGUCCAAAGCCGACAGCGGGCACCAACACCCCUUGGAUCAGCCAGUUUGGUUCAGCCCAGAACGCUCAGACUCAGAUGCAGGGCGCACCGGUCGGCAUGGGAGGAGUGCCCAGCGGGUUUGGGAUGCAAGCAAACCCUUUUUUCAGCCCGCAGAACUUUUCUCAACCUGCUGCUGCUGCUAGCAUGAACCAAAGUGGAAUUAAACAAAGUGCAUCUGUUAACAACGACCUUAAAGACUUAUUCGGCUAAAUUUACAAAAAAAAAAAAGAUGCCAGGUUGAGUUUAUUCUUUUAUUAAUUCUGGACAGACGAGACUAGAAUUCUCACAGAACAAGACGCUGAUUGAAUGUGAAGAUUUCAAAUCCUUGCUGUCUGUAUUUUUAAUCUGACCUGGUAUAAAGUCUGAUUCACAUUCAGCUGGCAAAUUAACCUGAAUUCCAUUUCUACUCGACCAGAAGGACAAACGGUUGGGGCGGGAACUUCUUCUAUGCUGUGUUCUUUAAAUGCUGGGGGUUUCCUACUGUUUUGUACUUGACAUUCUUCGGGAGUCCAAAUGUCGUGGGUUGCGAUGAAUCCCAACUCAGUUUAUUCAGGAAGGUUUUGUGUUCGUAUGAUGAAUGAUUGAGCGGAUGGAGUGGAUUUUACUUCCUGAACAAGCUGCAUCAGAAUCACUCCUUAAAGAGAAACUGCGGUAUUUUUCAACUUGCACCCUGUUUUCCCAUGUUUUUAUGUCUAAGUGACUUAUGGAGUCAAUUUGACAUUGGUCCAGUAUUGAGAGAGACUGCAGCCUCAGCGGCGAAACAGGCUUCAGUGUAAUCGCUACGGGCAACUGUGCACCGUCAGUUGACGUCCAUUAAACAGGCUGGUUUUUGCCACUGAAAGGCUCAUAUUGUUAAUAUAGGUGUCUGACAACAUUACGAAAAAGACACUAUAUAGAUAUUAAACAUUUUUUCUUUCGUUUUGC